AUGUCGUCCUCUCUCCCUGGCAGUCGGGAACUGCCCCGUUCCCAGUACGACCUGAACACCUACUGGGGGCGAGUCCGCGAGUCAGCCAGCAUAUCGGACCCGAGAAUGCUGUUCGUCUCGUCCGCAGGCUUGGAGAAUGCGAAGCGCCUGGUUACCGCCUACAAGCAGGGCCAGAUCAAAGAGAUGACACCCGAGCUGUGGUAUGCGAAAAAAGUGGUCGACUCGACGUUACACCCUGAUACCGGCGAACCGGUCUUUCUCCCGUUUCGCAUGUCCUGCUUCGUCCUGUCGAACUUGGUCGUGACGGCCGGGAUGCUGACGCCUGGGCUGAAGACCACUGGCACCCUCCUCUGGCAAAUUGCCAACCAGUCCCUCAACGUCGCCAUCAACAGCGCCAACGCCAACAAAUCGACCCCCCUGACCACCUCCAUGAUGGUCAAGUCCUAUCUCAUGGCUGUCUCGGCCUCGUGUUCCGUCGCGCUCGGUCUUAAUGCGCUGGUGCCCCGCCUGAAGAAUGUCUCGCCCAACACCCGACUCAUUCUCAGCCGUCUGGUCCCCUUCGCGGCCGUGUCCAGCGCGACGGCGCUCAACGUGCUCCUGAUGCGCGGCGAAGAGAUGCGUCGCGGCAUCGACGUCUACCCGGUCCUGUCAGAGGAAGAGAAGAAGAAGCGCGAAGCGACGGGCGAGCCGGUGCAGAGCCUGGGCAAGAGCAAGAAGGCGGCCACCAUCGCCGUGAGCGAAACGGCCAUCAGCCGGGUGCUGAACGCGACGCCGAUCAUGGUCCUGCCGCCGCUGAUCCUGGUGCGGCUGGAGAAGAUGGACUGGCUGAAGACGCGGCCCAGGCUGGUGCUGCCGGUCAACCUGGGUCUGAUCCUGACGACGUCGAUUUUCGCGCUGCCCCUCGCCUUGGGGGCGUUCCCGCAGCGGCAGGCGAUCAGCGCGCGCAGUUUGGAGGAGGAGUUUUGGGACAAGGGCGGUGAAGGUGGGAUGGUCGAGUUUAAUCGGGGGAUGUAA